AUGUUUCACCUUUGUCUCCGCCUCCCCAGGGGCCACCAGCUGGGCCCGGGUCUCGCUGAGUCACAAGGUCCUCCAUUCACAGAAAGAACCACGGGCAUCACCUGCUGCUUUUCUGGGAGCGGGGACUGUGUCAUUUUGCUGUUGCUCCGGCUGCCGGGCUUUAGCUGCUCUUUUCCGCUGCCCUCAGCCUCAUCGUAUCUCAGUUUCUCCCGAAGCCGAAUUCAGAGGUUCGGCUACGGUCAGCCCCAUCUAGCCCUGGUCAGCCCGAGGUACCUCCAGCACCCCGCCUGCAGGAGGCUCAGCUCAGCGGCUCCCGUCCGGUCCGCCCCGUCGGCGGGGCGCGUGAGCCCCGAUGGCCGGGAACACCCGCUCUCGCCCUGCCAGCUCCAGUUCCGCGUCUUGCUGCUGGGGGACGCGGACGUGGGCAAGUCUUCUCUGCUGCGACGCUACGUGGAGGGAGACUCCUGGGCUGAACCGCCCCCCAGCUCCACGGUGGGCGUCGAGUUCUAUUGCCGUAUUCUGGAGCUGGCCUCGGGUUCGAGGGUCAAGCUGCAGUUCUGGGACACGGCCGGUGACGAACGCUUCAGGAGCAUAACUCGGUCCUUCUACCGGAAUAUGGUAGGUGUCCUGCUGGUCUUUGAUGUGACCAACAGGAAAUCCUUCGACCACAUAAAAGACUGGUACCAGGAGGUGGCUUCCAUGCAGGGACUGGACAAGGUUGUCUUCCUGUUGGUUGGCCACAAGAGUGACCUGCAGCAGGCUCGUCAGGUGUCAACCCAGGAAGGAGAAACUUUAGCUUCAGUUCUGGGUAUGUCUUUCCUGGAGACCUCGGCCAAAACCAACAGCAAUGUGACUCUGGCCUUCGAGACUCUUGCCUGUGGAAUCCAGCAGGCCCUCCAGAAUGGGGAGAUCAAAGUGGAUGGAGCCUGGAGGGGAGUCAGGAUUAUUCAACCAGCCCAGCCCCCCCUAAACCAGCUCAGAAAAAAACCAACUGGUCAGUGUCAGUGUUGA